AUGACCCGAUUCGGAGGCUCGACCUCGCUCGCCGCGACCCUGAUUGUCCUGUUCAUGUUCAUUGCUACGGCUUUGGCAGCCACGGAGACUGUCUAUAUCACCGGCUCAGACAAAGAUGGCAACAGCAAGCAGCUUGCGGUCAAUCGCAAUCCGGGCCUAUUUACUGGCGAUUUUGGCGACUGUUUGGGAGGACAAAGUUUAUUCAACAUUACAAAAUUCGAUGCUGCCUACUACGCCGACAACAUGACCGUACAGUUCCACCUGGACGGUACCACCAAUAUUAGGAACGAAUCAUUGAUGAUGCACAUCAAUGUCGAAGCUUAUGGCGAGACAAGAUUCGAGAUGAACUUUAACCCCUGCAUGACCAACAUCGCUAGUCUGUGCCCUCUCAACGCCAGCAACCCCAUUACUGCAUUUGCAGAGUUCAGACUCACACCUGCUCAGAUCGACGGCAUUCCAUCAAUCGCCCUCGAUAUCCCCGAUUUCGAAGGUUCUGCGCGCAUUCAGAUCUUUGCAAACUCUAGUCAGACGCAGAUAGGAUGUUUCCAAGCCGUCAUGCGGAACGGCAACAGCUUUUCCCAUCCAGCCGCGAUUUCGUCGAUACUGGGCGUGUUCACACUCGCCGCUAUCCUGGCUUCUGCGGCAACCGCCAUGUAUGGUGUUAGCGUGCCUCAUAUCCGGACACACUAUGCCCAUUCUCUGUCAGUCCUGGUCAUCUUCGAGACCUAUCAGACCGUCUUUUUCUCAGGUGCCUUGUCCGUCGACUGGCCUAGCGUCCUGCCCGCCUGGUGGAGCAACUUCGGAUGGGCCGCCGGCAUGAUAUACAGCGAGAAAGUAAUCAAUUCGAUUGAUGGUUUCGCCGGCGUGACUGGUAAUGCCAGUCAGGUAGGCGGUGCAGGAUCGGCCGUGAUUAACACUGGGGGUGGUCUCGUUCAGCAAAUCUAUGGCCGCUCGCUCGACACUUUCUCGACGUCUAGCGAUGGAGUGUCCGUUCCGAAUCUUGUGCAGCGAGCGACCAGGGCCUACAACACAAGCAAUCCAUACGAAUACUAUUGGGCGGGAAACCCCGUCGCUCCGGGCAUGCCUACGCCAGGCAAGUGGAUUGGAUUCGCCGGAGACCUUUCUGCUCUCGGCAUACCGGCCGCCGAUGCUUUCACCCUCGGUCUCAUCUGGUGGUUAGUGGCCAUUGGACUGGUUGCCGUCUCCAUCGUUGCGUUCAAGUUCAUACUCGACUUGCUUGUUCGGGUAAAGCUGAUCAAGCAGGAUCGCUUCUUAUAUUUCCGCAACCACUUGGGCGGAUACCUGGCAGUCGGAGUUCUGCGCACGCUGCUCGUUUCGUUCUCCUCCCUGAUGACCCUGGCGCUAUUCCAGUUCAACAUUCGCGCGCCAGCCGGCCCAACAGCUAUCGCGGCGAUCAUCUUCAUCCUUUUGCUCAUUGGCGUUGGCGGGCUUGUUGCCUACGCUUGUUUCUUCCGUCUCCGACUCGGCAAGUAUGAAAUGGGCCCCGAUACGAUCAUGUUUGAACAGGGAAAGCUCUUUGGCUCCAUACCAGCGGUUGCAACAACGCGUGCUAGCGAUAUUGGAGAAAAGGAAACUACCGCCAAACGCUAUGGAUCGAUGCCGUUCUUCAAGAUUCGAUUCAUUGACGACGACCCCAACCGGACAACGGUCCACCAAGACGAGGUUUACAUCAAGCGUUUUGGAUGGCUGUCGGCUCGUUACCGCAGGACCAGAUGGUGGUUCUUUGCCUGCUGGCUCAGCUACCAGUUCAUCCGGGCUUGCUUUAUCGGCGGCGGAGCGCGAAGCCCCCUGGCACAAGUUUACGGAUUAUUUGUUUUCGAGAUCAUCGCUUUCAUUGUCUUUGUUAAACUUAACCCCUUAGAGGGCCAGAGAAACACUUCCGUGGCAAUCUGGAUGCUGGGCAUUACAAAGAUUGUCACUUCAGGUUUCUCUAUUGCCUUCUUGCCCGCAUUCGCCAUUGGUCGCAUCCUCUCGACUGUUUUCGGCAUUAUCAUCAUUGUCGUCCAAGGUUUCCUUAUUGUUGCGGUCCUAAUUCUCGUUGUACUGGGCGUCAUUUCAUCAUGGAUGUCGCUCCACCGAAAUCGCGAACAGUUCCCCGAAGCGCUGGACGGAAUCCGCAUCAGAUACUACGAACAUAUCCAGGCUAGAGCCACUGACCUCCCGCCGCCACCGAAACCAGAGCCGAAGGUCGAAGAGCCUCAAGAGCCACCGCAGCCUUACUUCUCAGUCAACAGCGUUCGCCGGACUCGCAAGAUUGAGGACGAUGACGAGGAAGACAAGGUUGGAGAUAUCAUUCGGCCAGCCAACGCUUCGGUGGUAAAGUUCGCCCCGGGUACUACUACCACCCGACGAACCCGGACAGAUAGUGUCAGCUCGCGAUACUCUGUUGGUAGCUUGCCGCGCCGCGCCAAAGCGCAUCGCACCUCAUGGAGUUCGGCUGAUUUUGCUGAAUGGGAUGCCAACAAUAAUGCGGACCGGCCCGCAUCAUCGCUUGCACACCGUAGCAGUUUCGGUCAUCAGCGCAAUGGCUCAUUGAGACAGGUGUCACACUCUGGAUCGCAGCCCGACCUCGGACGCUCCGUCAACAACUCGCCAGCGCCUGCAAGAUCCGUAUCGAUGACGAACAACGAGUUACGCCGUCUCAUGACUCCCACCGAAGAACUUCCAGAGGAGAGUGUAAUGACGCCCGGAAGCAUGGUCGAGCCUGAGACCAGCACCAAACCUAAUGAUACCGCCAUUUCCCCCAUCCACGAGAAAGACGAGCAUGAGGCCAGGGAGGGGAAUGUCUUUCCUGUUGAGGAAAAGAUCCAGAAGUCUUGA